AUGCGUUCUUCUCUUGUUAUGCUCGCCGGUCUGGCGGGCUCGGCUCUUGCCUACCCAGCUGACGUCUCUAACGAGCGUCGUACUUUCGGUCUCGUUGCCGAAAUCCUUGGCUCCAUUGGUUCCGAUAUCGACACCAUUCUUUCUGGUGUUCUGGGUCUGGGUGGCCACAGCCAAUCAUCCGGCUCUCUGCUCGUUGGCUUGAGUGCCCACGGUGCUGCCGCCCUCGAGGGUGGUCUUCUUGGAUGUGGUGCUACCAAGAUCCAUGCUGAUGCCCGUGUCGAGCUGAAGACGUGGUUGAGCAGCCAAACCGUCAUCACUGGUUCUCUCAAGACUCACCUCUUGUCUUGGUGCGAGGGUUCCGUCGCCACCCUGGAAGAGAGCGUUAUUGCUGCUCUGUCCGUCUACAUCCCCACCUGCGCUGAGCUUGCCGCCAAGGAGUCCAUCUUUGUUACCAUCGACGGUAUCGUCGAGUCUUCUGAGUACGAGGCCACUCUCGUCCUGAGUGCCUCUGCCCAGGCCUCCCUCACUACCUUCAUUUCCGCUCAUGCUGAGCUGGAUGUUGACAUCAAGGCUGGUCUCAACCUUUGCGCUGCUGGUGGUAUCAUUGGCAGUUUGCAUGCCGAUAUCAAGGCUUCCCUCCUCGCCUGGGUUUCCGGCUCCGACUGCGGCUUGGAAGUCGGCCUCAAGGCCUCUGUUCUCGCCUGGAUUAAGGGCGAGGCUGCCACUGAUCUCGUCGCUAUUGGUUCUAUCUCUACUGAUGUUCUUACUUCCCUCUCCGUUGGUGCCUCCAUCGAGGUCCUCGUCGAAGAGUCUGGUGUUCUCUCUACCGGUGCUCUGGCCUCUAUCGCCGCUUACCUCGAGGCUGACGUCGAGAUCGAUGUUAACGUUCGUGCUGCCCUGAAGGCCUGUGCCGAGGGCAAGCUUGCCGCUGCUCUGGACGUCGACCUCCGUACUUCCCUUGCUCUUUGGCUCACUGGCUCCAGCUGCUCCCUCGGUGUCGAGCUGAAGGCCGUUGUCCUGCUCUGGCUUUCAGUUGCCGUCACUGCUGAGGCCUCCGUUGACAUUGUCACCGGUCUCCUCGUUGACAUCACUGGUUUCCUGACUGAGGAGAUCAUCUCCCUGCUCAGCGUGAACCUGCGUGGUGCUCUUGGUCUCCUCAUUGCCGGCGAGAGCUUGACUGUUCUGUCCUGGGAGGCUCGUGCUGAGCUUGCUGCCUUCCUUGGUGGCUGCACGAGCAUCGACAUCAGCGUUACCAUUGAAAUCAUCAUCAUCGAGUGGUUCACCGGCUGCAGCAUUCCUGGUGGUCCUUCUGGCGGUGGCAGCCCCUCCGGCUCUUCUUCCGCCCCCAGCCUUCCUUCUCCCACCGGUCCUUCCUCUGGCCCUGCUCCCUCCGGCUCGGGCUCUAUCCCAUCUGGCCCUGGUGCUACCUCUUCUGUUCCCUCCGGCCCCGCUCCCUCCGGCUCAGGCUCCAUUCCUUCCGGACCUGGUGCUACUAGCUCUGUCCCCAGCGGCCCUGCUCCUUCUGGCUCGGGCUCUAUCCCAUCUGGCCCUGGUGCUACCUCCUCUGUGCCUUCCGGUCCUGCUCCUUCUGGCUCGGGCUCUAUCCCAUCUGGCCCUGGUGCUACCUCUUCUGUUCCCUCCGGCCCCGCUCCCUCCGGCUCAGGUUCUAUUCCUUCGGGACCUGGUGCUACUAGCUCUGUGCCUUCCGGCCCUGCUCCUUCUGGACCUUCCGGUGGUGGCUCCGUUCCCUCUGGACCUGGUGCUACCAGCUCUGUCCCCAGCGGCCCUGCUCCUUCUGGCUCGGGCUCUAUCCCAUCUGGCCCUGGUGCUACCUCCUCUGUGCCUUCCGGUCCUGCUCCUUCCGGCUCUGGCUCUAUUCCCUCCGGCCCUGGCGCCACUAGCUCUGUACCUUCCGGCCCUGCUCCCUCGGGUCCUUCCGGCUCAGGCCCUGCUACUACUGGAGCUCCUGCCCCAUCUGGCUCUGGCGGUGCCCCGGGCAGCGGCUGUACCACCGAGACCCUUGAGUGGACCACUGCUAUCACCGAAACCCUCAGCGGCGCCUGGAGCACUGGCUACACUGAGACCAUCAGCACCGCCUGGAGCACUGGCUGGACCGAGACUGUCCCCGCCUGGAGUACUGGAUACACCGAGACCAUCCCUGCCCCAGCUCCAACCUCCGCCCCAUCUGGCUCCGGCUCCGUCCCCGGUGGCCCUGAAACCGUCACCGUCACCAAGACCGUUUGCGGUUGCGAAUAA